CUGCCUCUGCAGAAACAGCUCCCUGCCAGAACGGCGCUCGGCGCGGCGCGGCCCGGAGCGGCGGCGGCGCCUCUUCCUGCUUGCUCGCCCUCAGGAGUUGCUGGAUCUUUUUGACAGAGAAAAGCCGACAGGGGCCUCGGGGAGGACUGGCAACGAGCGGGCAGAGACGUUUCAGCCCCCCUGCUGGCCCGGGCGGACCCCUCUCCCCCCGUCCGGGGGUCCGCCGCUCCCCCACUCCCCUCCUUUCCGCCUCUUCUCGCUCUGCCUCUCUCGAUUUAUUUUUUCAAAUGGUGUAGCCGCCAGAGGUGCGGUGCUAAAUUCUUGGAAGGGGCCCGGAUGUACUGAGGAUGCAUUACAAUUUCACAAAAGGAGGCAGUAGUGGAAAGGAGCAGUUUUUGGUGUUUGAUGCAAUAAUGGGAAUCAGGUAAUCAUCAGAAGGGAAGAAGAAAUACUGCAGAUCCACGGCUUCCUUGAAUUUUGCACGAAAGCCGACCUCGGAGGAGGGAUUAAUCCAGACCCGCUUGGGGGUGUUUUGCCAUUUCUUCCUCUUCGUGGCUUCUCCUUUUAAAACAAUUUUUGGUCAAUGGUCAAUGAGAACACGAGGAUGUACAUUCCAGAGGAAAACCAUCAAGGUUCCAACUAUGGGAGCCCGCGCCCUGCUCAUGCCAACAUGAAUGCCAAUGCUGCUGCAGGGCUCGCCCCUGAGCACAUCCCUACACCGGGGGCGGCCUUGUCCUGGCAGGCGGCCAUUGACGCGGCCCGGCAGGCCAAGCUGAUGGGGAGCGCCGGCAACGCGACCAUCUCCACGGUCAGCUCCACACAGCGGAAGCGGCAGCAGUACGGGAAACCCAAGAAGCAGGGCAGCACGACGGCCACGCGCCCGCCCCGUGCCCUGCUCUGCCUGACUCUGAAGAACCCCAUCCGGAGGGCGUGCAUCAGCAUCGUUGAAUGGAAACCAUUUGAAAUAAUUAUUUUACUGACUAUUUUUGCCAAUUGUGUGGCCUUAGCGAUCUAUAUUCCCUUUCCAGAAGAUGACUCCAACGCCACCAAUUCCAACCUGGAACGAGUGGAAUAUCUCUUUCUCAUAAUUUUUACUGUGGAAGCAUUUUUAAAAGUAAUAGCCUAUGGACUUCUCUUUCACCACGCUUACCUCCGCAAUGGUUGGAAAUUUACUAGAUUUUAUAAUUGUGUUGUAGGGCUUUUUAGUGCAAUUUUAGAACAAGCAACCAAAGCCGACGGGGCAAAUGCUCUGGGAGGGAAAGGAGCUGGAUUUGACGUGAAGGCACUGAGGGCAUUCCGUGUGCUGCGUCCCUUGCGCCUGGUGUCUGGAGUCCCAAGUCUCCAGGUGGUUCUGAAUUCCAUUAUCAAGGCCAUGGUGCCCCUGCUGCAUAUUGCCCUGCUAGUGCUGUUUGUCAUCAUCAUCUAUGCUAUCAUCGGCCUGGAGCUCUUCAUGGGGAAGAUGCAUAAGACCUGCUACAACCAGGAGGGCAUAGCAGAUGUACCAGCAGAAGAUGAUCCUUCCCCUUGUGCUCUGGAGACAGGCCAUGGGCGGCAGUGUCAGAACGGCACUGUGUGCAAGCCCGGGUGGGACGGGCCCAAGCACGGCAUCACCAACUUCGACAAUUUUGCCUUCGCCAUGUUGACGGUGUUCCAGUGCAUCACCAUGGAGGGCUGGACAGACGUGCUGUACUGGGUCAAUGAUGCCGUAGGAAGGGACUGGCCCUGGAUCUAUUUUGUUACACUAAUCAUCAUAGGGUCAUUUUUUGUACUUAACUUGGUUCUCGGUGUUCUUAGCGGAGAGUUUUCCAAAGAAAGGGAGAAGGCCAAGGCUCGGGGAGAUUUCCAGAAGCUUCGAGAGAAGCAGCAGCUGGAAGAGGACCUGAAGGGCUACCUGGACUGGAUCACCCAGGCAGAGGACAUCGACCCCGAGAAUGAGGAUGAAGGCAUGGAUGAGGAGAAGCCCCGAAACAUGAGCAUGCCCACAAGCGAGACCGAGUCUGUCAACACCGAAAAUGUGGCUGGAGGUGACAUCGAGGGAGAGAACUGCGGGGCCAGGCUGGCCCACCGGAUUUCCAAAUCAAAGUUCAGCCGCUACUGGCGCCGGUGGAACCGGUUCUGCAGAAGAAAGUGUCGUGCUGCAGUCAAGUCUAAUGUCUUCUACUGGCUUGUGAUCUUCCUGGUGUUCCUCAACACGCUCACCAUCGUCGAACACUACAACCAGCCCCACUGGCUCACGGAGGUGCAAGACACGGCCAACAAGGCACUGCUGGCCCUUUUCACUGCGGAGAUGCUGCUGAAGAUGUACAGCCUAGGCCUGCAGGCCUACUUUGUGUCCCUCUUCAACCGCUUCGACUGCUUCAUUGUGUGCGGGGGCAUCCUGGAGACCAUCCUGGUGGAGACCAAGAUCAUGUCUCCCUUGGGCAUCUCUGUGCUGAGAUGUGUCCGGCUGCUGCGGAUAUUUAAAAUCACAAGGUACUGGAAUUCCUUAAGCAACCUGGUGGCAUCCUUGCUGAAUUCUGUACGCUCCAUUGCCUCCCUGCUGCUGCUCCUCUUCCUCUUCAUCAUCAUCUUCUCCCUCCUGGGGAUGCAGCUCUUUGGGGGAAAGUUCAACUUUGAUGAAAUGCAGACCCGGAGAAGCACAUUUGAUAACUUUCCCCAGUCCCUCCUCACUGUGUUUCAGAUCCUGACCGGGGAGGACUGGAAUUCGGUGAUGUAUGAUGGGAUCAUGGCUUAUGGCGGCCCCUCUUUUCCAGGGAUGUUAGUCUGUAUUUACUUCAUCAUCCUCUUCAUCUGUGGAAACUAUAUCCUACUGAAUGUGUUCUUGGCCAUUGCUGUGGACAACCUGGCUGAUGCUGAGAGCCUCACAUCUGCCCAAAAGGAGGAGGAAGAAGAGAAGGAGAGAAAGAAGCUGGCCAGGACUGCCAGCCCAGAGAAGAAACAAGAGGUGGUGGAGAAGCCAGCAGUGGAGGAGACCAAGGAGGAGAAAAUUGAACUGAAAUCCAUUACAGCUGAUGGAGAAUCCCCACCCACCACCAAGAUCAACAUGGAUGACCUCCAGCCCAAUGAAAAUGAGGAUAAGAGUCCCUACCCAAACCCAGAAAAUACAGGAGAAGAGGAUGAGGAGGAGCCUGAGAUGCCUGUGGGCCCCCGCCCACGACCACUCUCUGAGCUGCACCUUAAGGAAAAGGCAGUGCCCAUGCCAGAAGCCAGUGCGUUUUUCAUCUUCAGCCCCAACAACAGAUUUCGCCUCCAGUGUCACCGCAUCGUCAAUGACACGAUCUUCACCAACCUGAUCCUCUUCUUCAUUCUGCUCAGCAGCAUUUCCCUGGCAGCUGAGGACCCCGUCCAGCACACCUCCUUCAGGAACCAUAUUCUGUUUUAUUUUGACAUUGUUUUCACUACCAUUUUCACCAUUGAAAUUGCUCUGAAGAUCCUAGGCAAUGCAGACUAUGUCUUCACUAGUAUCUUUACAUUAGAAAUUAUCCUUAAGAUGACUGCUUAUGGGGCUUUCCUACACAAGGGCUCUUUUUGCCGAAACUACUUCAACAUCUUGGACCUGCUGGUGGUCAGCGUGUCCCUCAUUUCCUUUGGCAUCCAGUCCAGCGCAAUCAACGUGGUGAAGAUCUUACGUGUCCUGCGCGUCCUCCGGCCCCUGAGAGCCAUCAACAGGGCCAAGGGGCUAAAGCACGUGGUUCAGUGCGUGUUUGUUGCCAUCCGGACCAUCGGGAACAUCGUGAUUGUCACCACGCUGCUUCAGUUCAUGUUCGCCUGCAUCGGGGUCCAGCUUUUCAAGGGAAAGCUCUACACCUGCUCAGAUAGUUCCAAACAGACUGAGGCGGAAUGCAAGGGUAACUACAUCACAUACAAGGACGGGGAGGUCGACCACCCCAUCAUCCAACCCCGCAGCUGGGAGAACAGCAAGUUUGACUUUGACAAUGUUCUGGCGGCCAUGAUGGCCCUCUUUACCGUCUCUACCUUUGAGGGGUGGCCGGAGCUGCUGUACCGCUCCAUCGACUCCCACACAGAAGACAAGGGCCCCAUCUACAACUACCGUGUGGAGAUCUCCAUCUUUUUCAUCAUCUACAUCAUCAUCAUUGCCUUCUUCAUGAUGAACAUCUUCGUGGGUUUUGUCAUCGUCACCUUCCAGGAGCAGGGGGAGCAGGAAUACAAGAACUGUGAGCUGGACAAGAACCAGCGACAGUGCGUGGAAUAUGCCCUCAAGGCCCGGCCCCUGCGCAGGUACAUUCCCAAGAACCAGCACCAGUACAAAGUGUGGUACGUGGUCAACUCCACCUACUUUGAAUACCUGAUGUUCGUCCUCAUCCUGCUCAACACCAUCUGCUUGGCCAUGCAGCACUACGGCCAGAGCUGCCUCUUCAAAAUUGCCAUGAACAUACUCAACAUGCUCUUCACUGGCCUCUUCACCGUGGAGAUGAUUCUGAAGCUCAUUGCCUUCAAACCCAAGGGUUACUUUAGUGAUCCCUGGAAUGUUUUUGACUUCCUCAUCGUAAUUGGCAGCAUAAUUGACGUCAUUCUCAGUGAGACUAAUCACUAUUUCUGUGAUGCAUGGAAUACAUUUGACGCCUUGAUUGUUGUGGGUAGCAUUGUUGAUAUAGCAAUCACCGAGGUAAACCCAGCUGAACAUACCCAAUGCUCUCCCUUUAUGAACGCAGAAGAGAACUCCCGCAUCUCCAUCACCUUCUUCCGCCUCUUCCGGGUCAUGCGCCUGGUCAAGCUGCUGAGCCGCGGGGAGGGCAUUCGGACCCUGCUGUGGACCUUCAUCAAGUCCUUCCAGGCCCUGCCCUAUGUGGCUCUUCUGAUAGUGAUGCUGUUCUUCAUCUACGCAGUGAUCGGGAUGCAGGUGUUUGGGAAAAUUGCCCUGAAUGACACCACAGAGAUCAACCGGAACAACAACUUCCAGACCUUCCCCCAAGCUGUGCUGCUUCUCUUCAGGUGUGCCACAGGGGAGGCAUGGCAGGAUAUCAUGCUGGCCUGCAUGCCAGGGAAGAAGUGUGCCCCCGAGUCGGAGCCCAGCAACAGCACAGAAGGCGAAACACCCUGUGGCAGCAGCUUUGCGGUCUUCUACUUCAUCAGCUUCUACAUGCUCUGUGCCUUCCUGAUCAUCAACCUCUUUGUAGCCGUCAUCAUGGACAACUUUGACUACCUGACAAGGGAUUGGUCAAUCCUUGGUCCCCAUCAUCUGGAUGAAUUUAAAAGAAUCUGGGCAGAGUAUGAUCCUGAAGCGAAGGGUCGUAUCAAACACCUGGAUGUGGUGACCCUGCUCCGACGGAUUCAGCCCCCACUGGGUUUUGGGAAGUUGUGCCCUCACCGUGUGGCUUGCAAACGCCUGGUCUCCAUGAACAUGCCUCUGAACAGUGAUGGGACAGUCAUGUUCAAUGCCACCCUAUUUGCCCUGGUCCGGACAGCCCUGCGAAUUAAAACAGAAGGAAACCUAGAACAAGCCAACGAGGAGCUGCGGGCCAUAAUCAAGAAGAUCUGGAAGCGGACCAGCAUGAAGCUGCUGGACCAAGUGGUGCCCCCAGCGGGUGAUGACGAGGUCACGGUUGGCAAGUUUUAUGCUACUUUCCUGAUCCAGGAGUACUUCCGGAAAUUCAAGAAGCGCAAAGAGCAGGGCCUGGUGGGCAAACCCUCCCAGAGGAACGCCCUAUCCUUGCAGGCUGGCUUGCGCACACUGCAUGACAUCGGGCCUGAGAUCCGACGGGCGAUCUCUGGAGAUCUGACGGCCGAGGAGGAGCUGGACAAGGCCAUGAAGGAGGCUGUGUCUGCUGCCUCCGAAGACGACAUUUUCAGGAGGGCCGGCGGCCUGUUCGGCAACCACGUUGGCUGCUACCAAAGCGACGGCCGGAGCGCCUUCCCCCAGACCUUCACCACCCAGCGCCCACUGCACAUCAACAAGGCGGCUAACAGCCAAGGCGACACCGGGUCGCCGUCCCACGAGAAACUGGUGGACUCCACUUUCACCCCCAGCAGCUACUCGUCCACUGGCUCCAACGCCAACAUCAACAAUGCCAACAACACUGCCCUGGGCCGCUUCCCCCGCCCCGCUGGCUACCCCAGCUCGGUCAGCACCGUGGAGGGCCGUGGGCCCCCCUUGUCUCCUGCCGUCCGGGUACAGGAGGCAGCCUGGAAGCUCAGCUCCAAGAGGUGCCACUCCCGGGAGAGCCAGAUAGCCAUGGUGUGUCAGGAGGUCUCUCAGGACGAGCCCUAUGACGUGCGGAUGAGCGAAGACACGGAGUACUGCAGUGAGCCCAGCCUGAUCUCCACAGAGAUGCUCUCCUAUCAGGACGAUGAAAAUCGUCAAUUAACACCACCUGAGGAGGACAAGAGAGGCAUCCAGCAAUCUCCAAAGAGGGGUUUCCUCCGCUCUGCCUCACUAGGUCGAAGGGCCUCCUUCCACCUGGAAUGUCUGAAGCGACAGAAGAAUCAAGGGGGAGACGUCUCUCAGAAGACAGUCCUGCCCUUGCAUCUGGUUCAUCAUCAGGCAUUGGCAGUGGCGGGCCUGAGCCCCCUCCUGCAGAGAAGCCAUUCCCCCAGCACGUUCCCCAGGCCGUGCGCCACCCCCCCAGCCACACCGGGCAGCCGAGGCUGGCCCCCACAGCCGAUCCCCACCCUGCGGCUGGAGGGGGCCGAGUCCAGCGAGAAACUCAACAGCAGCUUCCCAUCCAUCCACUGCGGCUCCUGGUCCGGGGAGCCCACGCCUUGUGCUGGGGGCAGCAGCGCCAUCCGGAGAGCCCGGCCGGUGUCCCUCACUGUGCCCAGCCAGGCUGGGGCCCAGGGCAGGCAGUUCCACGGCAGUGCCAGCAGCUUGGUGGAAGCGGUCUUGAUUUCAGAAGGACUGGGGCAGUUUGCUCAAGAUCCCAAGUUUAUCGAGGUCACAACCCAGGAGCUGGCUGAUGCCUGUGACAUGACCAUAGAGGAGAUGGAGAACGCCGCCGACAACAUCCUCAGUGGGGGCGCCCAGCAGAGCCCCAACGGCACCCUACUACCUUUUGUUAACUGCAGGGACCCGGGGCAGGACAGAGCAGGGGGCCAAGAGGGCGAGAGCUGCGCCGCGGCUCGGGCGUGUCGGAGGAGCGAGGAGGAGCACCAGGACAGCAGAGCCCACGCCGGCAGCCUGUAGUCGCUAGGGCUGGGGAGACGCUGGGUUUUUUAUUUGUUUCAAUGUUCCUAAUGGGUUCGUUUCAGAAGUGCCUCACUGUUCUCGUGACCUGGAGUUAACCGGAACAGCGUCUUCAUUCAUUUCGUUGGGACAAGACGCAGAGUUGGGUGGUGUGCAGAGUCCGUUUUCCGGGGGGAAGGAAGGCAGCAACCCCAGUUUGUAUUGUGUCCACAGAGGUAGAGUGGUGAGGAGGAGUGGAAGAAUCAGCGAGGGAGAGCAAGAGAAGAGACGCCUGCCCUCACCUCCGGGCAUGAAAGAGAACCUCAGCUUCCUGCGGUAGCCCUCACCAAAAGGACCCCAUGUCAAACGGGUGUCUUUCAACUUUGCUUGUAAAAAAAAAAAAAAAAAAAUCAUUUUGCACAUAUUCUGUAUGAGCCUCACUGUCUCCAUAGAGCCGGGGCCCUGUGGAUUUGCAGAAGGAAGCAGGGGUGUGACUGCAGCGAGGACACAGCCCCGUCCCCCAGAGGGACGAGGUGCAGCCCGAGGCAGAGGAGCUCGGGAGCGGAAGGGAGCAGAGGGCGAGGGCUGCAUUCGGCCUCCAAGGCCCAGGCUCCCCGCCGUGCCCCGCCCGUCUGCAUCAGGACCAGCGUCCCUGCACAGGCUCACCGAGCUCCAGCCCAGCGGCUGGGCCUGCAUCGGGGCGAGGGGGCACUGGCACCGCCUGCCAGGGAAGGGGCAGCCGGCCCUUGACAAGACGAGGUGGUGCUGAGCUUCUUGUUGAGCGCUCUUUUGUUUUAGGGUUUAACAUUUUUCUUGAUAGCAUGUUGCAGUUUUCGGGGGUUUUUUUGGUUUUUGUUUUAUUUUAAUUUUGUUUUCCCAGGGGGAGGGGAGGAAGAAGUGUUUACAAAGCUUUGUACACCCACCUUACUGUUUUCACUUUUGCAAAUGUAAAUCGGGUUUGGUUUUACUGUAUUAUUUAAACGGUUGUGGUUUUCUUUUUCUACGGUGGGUUCAAUAGAGCCGCCGUAGGCAAGUUUUACCAGCCAUUGUGUAUGCGCAAUAAUUUGUUAUAAUUUCCGUAGGUAGUAACAAAAAUUUUUUUGGUUUGGUUUUAUAAUUUAAAGGUAAUGCACUUGAUACGGUCUUGCACAUAUGGGUGAUUGAGUUGGGUUCUUUUUAAUGCGAGGUGUAUUUGUGGGUGCCAGAGAGAGGAAGAUUGGAUGAGUGAGUCUCUGCGAGUGUGUGUGUGUGUGUGUGUGUGUGUGUGUGUGUGUGUGUGUGUGUGUGUGUGUGUGUGUGUGGUGGGCUGUCUGGGCACCUGUCGUCCGUGUGUAUGUACACCCACACAGUGCGCCCAUGCGUGAAUGAGUGUGUAGCUCCCCCUUUCUGGUCUAACUGUGGGGAGAUCUGAAUCUGGGGCCAUUUGAAAGCAAAAACAAACCACUGUCUCUGCUUCUGAAAUGGGAAUCAGUAACUCUUUGCAUUUUCUGUCCCACAAGAUAUGCAAAAACAAUGCAAUAAUAUUCAUUUUAAAAAUAUAAUUGUGAGUUGUGUUGGCAUUAAAACUGUAUUUAAAAAAACAGAGAAAUUUAAGGGAAAAACUAAAGAAGGCGUUUUGCUUCGAUAUAUUCCGUGUAAUGUUUUAUUGCAUUGAAAAUGUUUCUGUUGAAGAAACUGUUAUACUUGAAUUCAGGUCAGUUUCAGUAUUUUACAAAUAUUUUUUUAAAACUGAAUUGCAAUUGUGCCAAGCGAAUAUAAUGAAUUGAAUUAAGUUUGUUUUUGAAUUCCCUUCUUGUAUAUUUUGCUGCAUGUAAGUAAAUCAUUUUGUAUUUGGAGUGUGACAAGCUUUACCCUUGAACUCUGAAGUGCUUUUCUAUAUGUGGUUGGGGGAAAGGGAACGAAUAUUCUUUUAAUUUGUACAAUGAGCAAAGGUAUCACCAGUGUGAAUCAUUGUUCUGCGAUCCACCAACAGGUUUGGACUUUACUGUUUUGCAUAUCUUGUGUUCGCUUCCAUUUCCCUCCAUUUUUCCAAAACUAUAUGAUAAGUAUAUUUGUACUACAUCUUGCUUUGAGAGACCAGGACAUGUCUUAGUCCUGUCUUCACUCUAUCCAUUCUGCUCCAGUUCUCUGAUUUGGACUUUGUCUAGGGGCAGUCCGGCGCCAUAAGCAUCAGCAUCCCCCAUGGGAGAGGGGGCUGGCUUUUCUGUUUACUUCCACAAACUUUCCUCAGUGGUUUCCUCAGGAAAGCGUGCGCUGACUGAGAGGCCGGAGCUAGAGUCGGGCUGCCUGGAGGUCAGGGAAUCCUCCCUCCGGCAACUGCUCUACCCAAACUCAGAUAGCAGGGGCCAGAGAACAGCAACCAGGUAAAAUCUUUGUCCAUCCAGAAGUCAGCUCUUACUUCUUUUCCUCACUCGGGAGCAGGAUUUCCUCCAGACCUACCCUAGUGUGUGUGGCAGCCGUGGAGGGGACCAGGACCAGGCAGGACGCGUCAGGAGGUCACAGUGAUAGUGGGACCAGAGACUCUGUGCGAGCGUCUCUUAUGCCCAGUUGCGUCUGCCUAGAGCAUCAUCCUAUCGGUGCUGUUUCCUCCAAAUAGAUUUCAACAAUGAUGGUUGAAAAGGAGGUGAUUUGGGGAAAACAGGACCCAGACAUCCAGGAUUUACCCAGUGAAUGUCUUCCAGGCCCAGUGCGCUCUCAGCCCUUAUGUGAGCAACCUAGAAAUUAAAGUCGGGGAAAGUCAAUUCCCCAGCAAAGACGAGUCUCACUUUCAAGGACUGAUCCAUGAAAAAGUGGAGAAACGUGCCAGAUACUCCCAGGUUAACUUACAGUCUAGAAGCAGAAGGGUUUCUUCCUGUUUCUCCAAGCCCAACCCAUCCAGAUUUUUUUGGCUCCUUUUCGGUGCCAUGAAGGCCUUCCAGAAAUUAGGUGUCGUCCUCUGUCUGGUUUCCCAAGAUAUCUACCAUUGUGCUGCUAAGAUAUGUUAUGGUGGAGAGGGGAGCCCUUUUGGAUUGAUAUCUGGUUUUUGCUGUACAUUUGGUCCCUGGAUAGAAAUUUAGAAUCUCAAUUGACCACACACACAUACACAAACACACAUCCACACACCCACACACACCCAACACACGCACGCCCUCAACCUUCAUGCUGCUUUCUUUUUUCCUUUUGGACUUGUCUUCUGCAUCACCAAAUCUCGUUGGCCAGUGGCAUGGGCUACAGGCUGGGCUCAUGCCAACUACCCCUAGAGCCCUGCCUAAGUGUGGCCCCUGGUCCUUCACCACUCACACCUACAGGGUCCCUUCUUCUUUCUAGUCAGCUCUGUCAGAAGACCGGCUAGCCUUGCACCCUGCAAGAACAAUGGCAGCAGUGCCAAGGGCACCUGGCACUGUGCUGCUGGGAAGGAAAGGAGUUUCAGAUGGGAGUUCCCUGUGUAGGGCAAUGGGUCUUUCUGGCCUGACCUCAUGAUCAACUGGUAUAGGAUACCUGUCAUCAUGCAGACUGGUAAAAUCAAUCAUGACAUCAUGAACCUCCUCCGCAGCGUAUUAAGUGAUGUCUACCCUCCACCUAGAGCAGAACUUUGCCCAUGACCAUUAAAUCUUCUGAGAACCCUUGAGUGGCAGCAGAAAGCAGUCAAUGGCUGAGGACCAACGGGACUUGAAGAAGUGCCGUGUAAGUUCUGGGGGUUGGUAAACGAUAUUUAUUUUUCCUCUGAAUGGCCCAGACUCUUGCAUUUCCACACUUUAGCUUUUUAAUAAUUAGGCAUGUGCAUGGCUAUAUUAAGCAGAGAGAUUUUCAGUUGUCUCCUUUCUGCCUGUUUCUAGAAGUUUCUUUUUGGUCUUGAGGCAAAAAGGGAGAAUGUUUUCCUGGAUUUUGCCUUGUUCCAUUAAUUUUUCUCUGUUCUGCUUCAGAGGCUAUUAUAGUCCCCCCACCACCACCCUCUAACUUUGACUGGGAGGUCCAAGGACAAAGGAACAGGCUUCCUUACUCUGUCUUGAUCCUGUGACCCUGCUUCCAAACCUCGGGGGCUUGUCUGGACUGAUGCUAUCAGUUUCUCACAGCCAUUUUCCUUCCAGAACAUCUCCUGAUCAUUCAGCUCUCGAUAACAAGGCGCCCGCAGGAGAAGGACACCUUCCAAUGCCUGAGAAAUAAGAACACCCUGAAAAUGAGGAGUUUGGAAGUCAUCAAAAGGGUUCCAUCAUUCUUAAAGGUCAAGACAUGUGACAAGAAGCUAGUUUAGGUGUACAGAAUAACCCUGGUAGUCAUGUUUUUAGCCUCAUCAACCAUAAUUAUAGAUGUUGCUAAGGAAGAUGAUGGCAUCUCCAUCCUGAGGGACCUAGAAAAGAUGAAAUACCAUUGUCUAAGAGUUAGAAACUGUUCAGCAAAGAGGCCAGAAAAGGGCAAUCUGGUUUCAAGAGGACCCACUUAAGACCCAAUUUAGUAAAACACUUGCUGAUAAGAGGGCAGGCCAGUUCCAUUUUUUUAAAAAACAUGGCUCUGGUCGGGGGAAAGUGUUGGCACAGAGAGAACUGGAGGGAAAAUGCAGGCAAAGCAAAGGGCAUGUCUUGACUCUUUAUGCUCUGUUCCCAUUUUCUGGAAAGAAGUGUCCAGUUAAUCCACGCAAUGGCCAGUACGGGGGGAGAGGAUAAUGCUUCAAGGAUUGACUUUGGAAAAAGAGAAUAAAAUUGCAAUCAUUGUUUUACCAGACAAAUCAACCUAUCUGGCUAGAUGUGGGGUAUCUGCCACCCUUUCCUCUUUGCUGGUGUCCCUCCCCUCAUACCAGCUGGCAUGCCACCUACAACUGGCUCCUGUUGGUCAGCAGGCACGAAGGCCUAAUGGCCUAAUGUCACUCACGGUGAAGCUCUUAGUCACCACAUCCAGAUUCCCCAUCAGCUCCCUCUGAGGAGACACAAGGAAAAUAGACAAGGGACCGAAGUGUCCUACAGCAGUCAGGGAUGAGGUUUUUUUCCCCUUCCCCAAGCCUUUCUCUCUAUUCCAGCCUCCUGCCCGGCCCCCACUUUUCCUUCCUCCCCCCAGUCUAGUCAGAAGAACAGAGAGUUGAAAGGAGGCCAAUGUGCAGAUUCUUAAACAGUUUCUUUGUGAAGCUAGUUCUGGUUUUAACUUUUUUUUUAAUUUCAAAACAAUGAAACCUUGCUUUGUGACGCCAGAUACCGAUGUAACAGGCGGUUUCUGCCAGACUCCCACAUGGUUGGGAGACACUUGAACACCACACAUACACAUACACACUUUCAUCCUCAUGCACACACGCAUGCACACAUACACACACACAAACACACUUCCUUAAGGGACAGGGGCUGGUGCUGGGGUUGAACUCUGCACAAAUGAUACUGUCCUCCCAGAGGGCUGAGCACUGUAUAGAGAGACGUGGAGAGUGAAGCAGAGUAACUCCCUUAGUAGAAAUAGUGCCAUCUGACCCUAUUAUUACUGCGAACUAAAUAUUAUUUAUCUACAUUAAGAAAUACAAUUACUUCUACAAUCAGACUUUUCCCUCAUAUGAUUUUCAGAGGCUUGCUCCAGAGAAGAUGCAGUAGUAAAGACUCUUCAGCUCGCCGGUAUACUAGAAAAGCCUUUUGAUCAGUCUCUGAAAGGGAGAGAGAUUGCCAGCAGGAUAUAUUGAGCUGAGUUGAACAAAUCAAUUUAACACUGAAAGAGUCAGAGUUGGGACUUCCACAGAAAUCCCCUCAGUCUCUACUGAAUUAAGGAAAACAAGACAAAACUAGAUAAACAAAAGCUUGAAAUGUUACAUCACCAGAGUCAAAUAUUCUCCCUCAGAUCACAUGCUGGCUUCUUCACGGCUGUACUCUCUUUUGGGGGGCAUCCCAGGCACCCCACUUUCCAGAAUCUACUCUGAUUUGAGAAGAUUCCUAGAAAGGGCAGCAUGACAUUUAAUCUACCAUAAAUCAGUCAUUUACUACAAAUUUGCCAUCUAAAAAUCACUCAUGUACCUCAUACAUAAAAAAAUGUUUCCCCUAGGUCAUUAUCAAAGAAGUCUCUUGGUGGAAGAGGUUGUAAGUUUUAAGGAAGGGUAAUUUCUAUGUGAAGAAAUACAGAAAUGGACAGAGUGAUUCCUUUUCACAGUUUCAGCCUGGAGAACUCCUGUUCUGAUGUUCGUGGAGCCUUCGAAGGUACAAGCAGAGGGAUGAGGAAGAUGAGAGUGAGCGGGCACCAGCCUCGGCAGUGGGUCACUGCCAAAGCUUGCUGAGGGCUGCAGGUCUCAGACACUGCAUGAAGUCUCUCCUGAGCCUGCAGCUGGGAGGGGAACGAGAAGGCUCCCUUCUAUAGAGUCACAGAAAGAACAAAAGAGGACAGGUCACAGCUCCUGUUCCAAGUCCCCUCCCCCUAAGAUUUCCCAGCAUGGAGAAACAACAUCAAGGCUUAAAAGAAAAAAAACAAAACGGGAGGGUCAACAGUUGUAAACAAACAACGCUGUGCAAAGAGCUCCCUCGUAAGGCAACUCCAGUGACCCAAAUGCUAUGGGCACUUUUCUGCUUGCACACAUCACACCACCCAUGCAUCGAGCUGCAUCCCACUCCCCCAAAUUUGUAAUCCAUCUCUUAGUUUCUCAACUAGAUCAUGCACCACCCCAUAGCCGCUUCCUGUCCUGCCCAGAACAUGUGCUGUUCUCGCAGAGCCUUGUGGGAAUAGAGUCUAGGACCAAAUAGGCUGUGGCUAUCAAAGGCAUAAACAAAUCUGGACAAGUGGCGGGUUCCCAGCUGGUGACACACUAGAAUAUCUAUUACUCUCAUAAUCUGCUUGUUUUAUUUUAAUACCCUAGAGCUGCCAAGCAGAACUUGGGUCCACGUCAGAGGCUCCAGAAACAGCCCCUCCUCCCUCCUCUCCUCAUGUCCUCCUGCUCAGGCCCAUCUUCAUGCCCCCAAACCAGUCUGUAUCACACUUGCUGUCAGCACAACGCAGAAAGAUGGACAGUCCUCCAUUGUCAUCCCCCCACCUGUCACCACCCCCAAACCUUCUCCUCCAGGCUCCACGACUUCACGGUCUUACUGUUGUAAAUACUGUUGUACAGUUUGUAAUCAUCAAAUAAUCCCAUUGUCAAAGGCCUCGCCUGCUGCGCCUUCUCACCCUCGAGAAAGGCCAAGGAAUCUAGAAGGGGUAACCUUUCGAGAAGAGCUUCAGGGUCAUCUCUGUGUGAGACGCUAUGUAUAUUCCUGUAAGAUUGCAUUUUUAUCUAAGGAAUGAUGUUAUUUAAAAAACAAACAAAAAAACAAAAAACAAGAAUUGCAAAUAAAUUUCUUAAC